UGGAAAUCUACUUCAUGCGCAAAGUGAGACUUUAACAUUUAAUAUUGCGCUUCAUUAACACAGCCUACAAUAAAGGCAAAUUAAACUCUCUCUCUCUCUCUCCUCUCUCUAAGCGUUAUUACAGAACAGAGAGAGAAGUAAAAGAGAAAACGAGUGGAAGACAUGUCGGACGACGAGAGAUGUGAAGAGUACCUCUUCAAGAUCGUCAUCAUCGGAGACUCCGCCGUCGGGAAAUCAAAUCUCCUAACCCGCUACGCUCGCAACGAGUUCAACCCCAACUCUAAAGCCACCAUCGGCGUCGAGUUCCAGACUCAGAGCAUGCUCAUCGACGGCAAGGAAGUCAAAGCUCAGAUUUGGGAUACCGCCGGCCAAGAACGCUUCCGCGCCGUCACUUCCGCCUAUUACCGCGGCGCCGUUGGAGCUCUCGUCGUUUAUGACAUCACUCGCACUUCGACGUUUGAAAAUGUCGGUCGCUGGCUCGAUGAGCUUAACACUCACUCUGAUACAACAGUAGCGAAGAUGCUGAUUGGGAACAAAUGUGAUCUCGAGAGCAUAAGAGCUGUGAGCAUUGAGGAAGGGAAGAGCCUUGCGGAGUCUCAAGGUUUGUUUUUCAUGGAGACAUCAGCUUUGGAUUCGACCAAUGUGAACACUGCUUUUGAGAUGGUUAUUCGAGACAUUUAUGGUAACAUCAGUCGGAAGCAGCUCAACUCUGAUUCUUACAAGGAGGAACUAACCGGGAACCGGGUUAGUUUGGUCAAGAACGAGAGUGAAGGGACAAAGACAUUUUCUUGCUGUUCGAGGUAAUAUCUCACUGUGAACGGUUUUCUCUUGUCCUGUUGGGGGCUUGGUGGUGUGUUCGUUGGGGUAUAACUUAUAGUAAAGACAGAGACAUUCUUUUUGGUUCUCAAUUGAAAGCUAAAGGUUAAGAGAGAAAGGUGUGUGUGUGUUUUGAGUUUCUUUGUUACAGAUACAGAAAAAAUGUAAGCAAAUUUGGACAAAGAAGUUUGAACAAUGUAUAAGUUUAUACUCUCCUUUGCACUUCCUGUUCUUUGUAAACUUUUUGAGUGUUAAAAAAACCAGUUUUGAUAUUUUUCAAUUGCUGUUUCUCUUUAUAAUCUAAGUUGUUU